CCCGCCCGCACAGCAAGAUCCCACAGGCCGGGGGUGGAGGCCUCAACCCGGGGUCUCUUGCACAGGGUUGAGUAUGGCGACUGACAGCCUCCCCAGUGCCUUCACCUUGUUUGAGAGCAUCCAGCCUGGUCCCGUGUACCGCAUCCCCUCUCUCCUCUACCUCAACAGCCACCAGGUCUUCCUGGCGUUUGCAGAGAAACGGACAUCAUCCUCCGAUGUGGACGCCAAGAUUCUGGUUUUACGGAGAGGGAAGUUUCAAGAUGGAUCUGUGGAGUGGGACGAGACAGUGGAGCUGAGUACUGCCGUGAAGAGCGGUUACCGUUCGAUGAAUCCUUGCCCUGUGUACGAGCGGCUGAAGCAAGUGGUCUACCUCUUCUUUAACUGCGUGGAGGAUGGGGUGAAUGAGUGCAGCCAGGUGCUGUGGGGCAGGAACGCGGCCAGGCUGUGCUACGUGACGAGCCAGGACGCGGGGCUCACCUGGGGCCAGGUGACCGACCUGACGGAGAGUGUGAUCGGCGAGCAGGUGCAGCACUGGGGCACCUUCUCCGUCAGCCCCGGCCACGGCAUCCAGAGGGCGUGCGGCACGCUGAUAGUGCCAGCCUACGCCUACAUCAUCCGCUACCGGUGCUGCCUGAUACCGCCCGGCUUCUUCACCAAACCCCGCACCUUUUACCUGUACAGCGAGGACGGAGGUGAGCGCUGGAGUGUAGGCGAGCCAUUAUCGCGGUGCGGGACCGGGGAGAGCGAGAUGGCGGAGAUCGCCGUGUCGUACGGUAACCGGGUGCUGUACUGUAACGCUCGGGCCGUCGCCGGGCCCCUGUCGUGCCGCCGCCCGUCGCGAGUGGAAGCGGUCAGUUUGGAGCCCGGGCGAUUCGAGAUCGUUCACCCGGCCCGGCAGCUGCCCGAGAGCGACAGCGGCUGCCAGGGCAGUGUGCUCAGCUUCAGCUGCCCCGCCAGCGACCAGUUCUCCUGGCUCCUGUACACCCACCCCGUCGGCAGCGGCAAGGACCGGUGGUGGAGACACUGCCGUAACCGCACCAACCUGGCCGUUUACCUGAACCGCAGGCCCCUGGAGCAGCGCCACUGGGAGGGGCCCUGGGUAGUCCAGUCGGGGCCCAGCGGCUACUCAGACCUGGCCUACCUGGACCAGGCAUCAACCUUCGCCUGCCUACAUGAGUGCGGUGAUCGGCAACCGAACGAGAGGAUCGACUUCCGUCUCUUCAGCAUCGACGACGUGCUGAGGAACAUCGAGCAGCGAGGCCGAGGGGUGGCAACAUCAUUGAAACAUAGACAAUAGGUGCAGGAGGAGGCCAUCAAGCCAGCACCGCCAUUCAAUGUGAUCAUGACUGAUCAUCCCCAAUGAGUACC